AUGGAAAAAUGUUCGCUGCUCGUUCCUGCAAUCACGAAUGGCAAGAGCUUAGACGAAAUUCGUAAAUCCGCGAAAUUUCAUCCUUCCAUUUGGGGAGACUUCUUUCUCAAAUAUAAUGCAGAUAACACGAAAAUUAGUGAUGUUGAACAAGAGGAACUCGCAAAGCAGAAAGAAAUGGUCAGAAAAAUGCUCUCUCAAACACCGGACGAUUCAACGUAUAAAUUGGAACUAAUCGAUGCGAUCCAGCGCCUCGGAGUGGAAUAUCAUUUCGACAAAGAAAUCGGGGAAUCCUUGCAACAUAUUUAUCUCAACCACAAGGGGCAAAAUAACAAAGACAAUAAUGAUCUCGUCGUUGUGGCUCUUCGUUUCCGUUUGCUUAGGCAACAAGGCUACAAUGUCCCAUGUGGUGUGUUCCAAAAAUUUACUGACAAUGAAGGAAAUUUCAUUGCGUCGCUGGGAGGAAAUGUGGAAGGUCUGUUGAACUUGUACGAGGCGGCACAUCUUCUGAAACACGACGAUGUGAUUUUGGAGAAAGCGAUAGAGUUUUGUUCAUCUCAUCUUCGUGCAUCACUCCACAAAAUAACUAAUGUUUCCCUUUCUAAGCGUGUUAACGAAGCUCUGAUUUUGAAUAUGCCAAUCCGCAAGACUCUCCCGAGAUUGGGGGCCAGAAAGUUCAUUUCUCUAUACGAGGAAGACGAGUCGCAUGAUGAAAUACUACUCAAGUUUGCGAAAUUGGAUUUCAAUCUAGUGCAGAAGAUGCACCAGAUGGAGCUGAGUGACCUUACAAGGUGGUGGAAGAAGUUUGACGUGGCAAAUGAAAUGCCUUAUGCAAGAGACAGAAUUGUGGAAUUGUUCAUGUGGAAGAUGGGAAUCUUCUUUGAGCCACGCUAUGCUAAAGCAAGAAGCAUUGUAAUUAGACACACAAGUAUAGUUUCUAUUAUGGAUGAUACGUACGAAUAUGCAACGCUGGAUGAGCUUCAAAUCUUGACCGACGCUAUCCAACGUUGGCCGGAUGUUAUCGCGACUUUAGAGGAUUCGUCACCAUACAUCCAAAUGUGCUACAAAUGUCUUGUUGAAACUUACAACGAAAUAGAAGACGAAAUGGAGGAAACGGGAGAAUCUUACCGCGUCCAAUAUGCAAUACAAGAGAUGAAAAAGUUGGUGUUGGUAUAUUUUGAAGAGACAAAAUGGUUGUUUAAUAAUUAUGUUCCCACGAUGGAAGAGUAUAUGAAGGUGUCCAUCCCAUCUUGUGCUUACAUGUCAAUAUCAACUGCUUCUCUUGUGGGUAUGGGGGAUCAAGUUAGCAAAGAAGAUUUCGAUUGGAUCACAAAUGAACCUCUCAUACUCGUUGCAUCCUCAACAAUUUGUCGACUAAUGGAUGACUUAGUCGGAGAAGAGUUUGAGCAGAAAACCUCGGCGAUUGAAUGUUACAUGAAACAAUAUGGUGUGUCAAAGGAAGAAGCUUGUGGUGAGCUCCAGAGGCAAGUGGAGAAUGCAUGGAAGGAUAUGAAUGGAGAGUGCAUUGAGCCAAAACUGGCCUCUAUGAAAAUCCUUAUGGGAAUUUUCAAUCUUGGUCGCGUCAUGCACCUUCUCUAUGCAAAUGGCGAUGGCUAUAGUGAUCCCACCAGAUCCAAGGAAUUGGUAAAGAUGCUGCUUGUUGAGCCUGUGAAAAUUUGAAGACAUGCAUGAAUCUUAGAUGAAUUUGUGUUGUGUAAUACUCCUGUCUUUGUUAAGUUGCCUAGAAUUAUGUCAGUUUGUUGCCUGUUUUGAAUAAUGUUUUGAG